CCGCUGCCGCCGCACCGCACUCCUCAGACUCGCACCAGCUAAUUCCCUGCAAUUUCCCCCCCAACACGACUUAUUUGCGAACAAUUUUCACAUACACACCCCCCCGUUUGCUGUUUUGCUGAUGCCUCUGCAAAAAGCAGAACCAACUCGCAGUUAGCAGCAUGUCUCGUCGAAAGCAAGCCAAGCCCCAGCAUCUCAAAUCGGACGAGGAGCUACAGCAGUCCGAGGUAGUUUCUGAACACGCCGUCCCAGGGGAAGGCGCAGAUGAUGGUGAUAGUGGGAAUGAAAGCAGAAGUGGAAGUGAAGAAACAAAUGUUUGUGAGAAAUGCUGUGCAGAAUUCUUCAAAUGGACAGACUUUCUGGAGCACAAGAAGAACUGCACCAAAAACCCACUGGUGUUGAUUGUGAAUGAAGAUGAACCAGCACCACCAUCCGAAGAAUUCCCUGAACCUUCGCCUGCUAGUUCUCCCAGUGACCAGACUGAGAGCGAGGUCACGGAAGAAAACAUUCAGACUGAAAACAAUGAGAGCUGUGAGGUGAAAGUGGCAGAGAAGGAGGAAGAGCCAAUGGAAGUGGAAACCUCUGGGGAGAAAAACUACCAGAACCAAGGCACUUCAAACACCACUCCAACGACCCCUCUACCUCAGAUUCCGGAACCAUCUUCCAUGACAAGUUAUAACAUGCCAAACACUAAUGUUACAUUAGAAACUCUCCUGAGCACUAAAGUGGCUGUGGCCCAGUUCUCCCAAAAUGCAAGAUCCUCAGGGAGCGCGAAUGCAAGCAGUGGGGUGACCGCCAUGGCCAUCCCAAUGAUCCUGGAACAGCUCAUGGCCUUGCAGCAGCAGCAGAUCCACCAGCUCCAGCUCAUCGAGCAGAUUCGUAGUCAGGUAGCCAUGAUGAACCGACAGCCCCUCCGACCCUCUUUAAACCCAGCAGUAGCUUCUCAGAAUGCUCCCGUAGCAGCAUCUAACCAACUCCAAGGGUUCGCUGCACAUUCUGCCCUUCAGUUAACUACUGCAGUCCCCCCAACAGCGGCUGGGCAAACUACAAACAAUCCGCCUUCUACCUUUGAGGGCUCUCAGCAUAUCUCACAGCCUACGUCUGGAGCAAGCACCCCGAACAUAUCCAGUAAUGGAUCUUCUUCUGCACCAACAGAACCUAGUGCAUCUUCAUCUGCUAAUGCGAUUCCAGUCUCCAUAACUCCUGCUUCUGUGUCAAAUACUACUAACAGCUCUUCACAGCCCCAGAACACUUCAACUCCACCCACCCUGGGUCAUGGAAAUCUUCUCACCUCAACUUCCAGUCUGCCAAACCCACUUCUACCUCAGACCUCAUCAAAUAGUGUGAUCUUUCCCAAUCCACUGGUUAGCAUUGCCGCAACUGCUAAUGCAUUAGACCCUCUGUCCGCCCUCAUGAAACACCGCAAAGGAAAACCUCCAAAUGUGUCGGUGUUUGAACCUAAGUCAAGCUCUGAGGAUCCAUUUUUUAAACAUAAGUGUAGAUUUUGUGCCAAGGUCUUUGGAAGUGAUAGUGCUUUACAAAUUCAUUUGCGUUCUCACACAGGAGAGAGGCCUUUUAAGUGUAACAUAUGUGGGAAUCGAUUUUCAACUAAAGGCAAUCUAAAAGUUCAUUUUCAGAGGCACAAGGAGAAGUAUCCCCAUAUCCAGAUGAAUCCUUACCCUGUUCCGGAAUACCUCGACAAUGUCCCCACUUGCUCUGGAAUUCCCUAUGGAAUGUCACUGCCACCUGAGAAACCAGUGACAACCUGGCUAGAUAGCAAGCCAGUGUUGCCAACUGUCUCCACAUCCAUUGGACUGCAGCUUCCUCCCACUAUACCUGGUGUUAAUAGCUAUAGUGAUUCCCCGAGUAUUACUCCCAUAAGCCGGUCACCUCAGAGGCCAUCUCCUGCUUCAAGUGAAUGCACUUCUUUAUCCCCUGGUCUGAACAAUUCUGAGUCAGGCAUAACAGUGACUGCAGAAUCCCCACAACCAAUUCACAGUGGGUCUUCUCUAACAAAAAGUGAACCCAUCAGUUUACCUUCCACAAAUACACGAGUGGGAGAAGUCUCCAUUAGCGUGCAAGUUAGUACAGUUUCCACUUCAAUUGUUACCACUGUAACAGAUAGCAGUGUUUCCACAACUCUCCCAAACCCUGUGCUUCCAACAAUCUCUGACCAGUUCAAAGCAAAGUUCCCAUUUGGUGGUCUGCUUGACUCUAUGCAAACAUCAGAAACCUCAAAGCUGCAACAGUUAGUUGAGAACAUUGAUAAGAAGAUGACAGAUCCAAAUCAAUGUGUCAUUUGUCACCGGGUGCUUAGUUGUCAGAGUGCUCUCAAGAUGCAUUACAGAACACAUACAGGAGAAAGACCAUUUAAAUGCAAAAUUUGUGGACGUGCCUUUACUACAAAAGGCAAUCUAAAAACACAUUUUGGAGUUCAUCGAGCGAAGCCACCACUAAGAGUACAGCAUUCGUGUCCCAUUUGUCAAAAGAAAUUUACAAAUGCUGUUGUUCUUCAGCAACAUAUUCGUAUGCAUAUGGGGGGACAAAUCCCAAAUACGCCAUUACCAGAGGGCUUCCAGGAUGCUAUGGACUCGGAACUUUCUUAUGAUGAAAAAAAUGUUGAAACCCUGAGCAACUAUGAUGAUGACAUUGAUGAAAAUUCUAUGGAAGAAGACCCAGAAUUAAAGGACACAGCAAGUGACUCGUCCAAACCACUAAUAUCUUACUCUGGGUCAUGCCCCCCUUCACCACCAUCUGUAAUCUCUAGUAUUGCUGCCCUGGAGAAUCAGAUGAAAAUGAUUGAUUCUGUCAUGAACUGUCAGCAGUUGACCAGCUUGAAAUCCAUAGAAAAUGGAUCAGGGGAAAGUGACCAUUUAAGUAAUGACUCCUCAUCAGCUGUAGGUGAUCUUGAAAGCCAGAGUGCAGGCAGCCCUGCCAUGUCAGAAUCAUCCUCAUCCAUGCAAGCCUUGUCUCCAGUAAAUAGCAACAGUGAAAGUUUCCGGUCCAAGUCCCCAGGUCUGAGCAACCAAGAAGACCCACAAGAAACACCACUAAAGACAGAAAAACCAGACAGUCCACCACCUGCUCCUGAAAAUGGAGGUGCACUGGAUCUGACAGCUCCUACCCCGGGCAGACCAGUCAUCAAGGAGGAAGCUCCUUUUAGCCUGCUGUUCCUCAACAGAGAACGUGGUAAGUUUAAAAGUACUGUUUGUAAUAUCUGUGGCAAGCCUUUUGCUUGUAAGAGUGCAUUGGAAAUUCACUACCGCAGCCAUACUAAAGAACGUCCAUUUGUUUGUACAAUCUGCAGUCGCGGGUGUUCCACUAUGGGUAAUUUAAAACAGCACUUACUGACACACAAAUUAAAAGAGCUGCCUUCUCAGUUAUUUGAACCCAACUUUACUCUAGGUCCCAGCCAAAGUACUCCUAGCCUGGUCACCAGCACUGCGCCUACUAUGAUCAAAAUGGAAGUGAAUGGUCACAGCAAGCCGAUCUCACUGGGGGAGGGCCCUCCGCUUCCAUCUGGAAUCCAGGUUCCUGCUGCACCACAGACAGUGAUGAGUCCAGGCCUCACUCCUAUGCUGGCACCCCCACCACGGCGAACGCCUAAGCAACACAACUGUCAAUCGUGUGGGAAGACCUUCUCCUCAGCAAGUGCACUCCAGAUACAUGAGCGCACCCAUACUGGGGAAAAGCCAUUUGGUUGCACAAUCUGUGGUAGAGCUUUUACCACAAAGGGGAAUCUCAAGGUUCAUAUGGGAACGCACAUGUGGAAUAACGCUCCUGCAAGACGUGGCCGCCGACUAUCUGUGGAAAACCCCAUGGCAUUGUUAGGUGGUGAUGCACUGAAGUUCUCUGAAAUGUUCCAAAAGGAUUUGGCAGCUCGGGCAAUGAAUGUUGACCCCAAUUUUUGGAACCAGUAUGCUGCAGCAAUCACAAAUGGACUUGCUAUGAAGAACAAUGAGAUUUCAGUCAUACAGAACGGAGGCAUUCCACAACUCCCAGUAAGUUUAGGUGGAAGUGCCAUUCCACCCUUAAGUAACAUUACAAGUGGUAUGGACAAAGCUCGCACAGGCAGCAGCCCUCCUAUUGGUGGCCUGGACAAAGCAAGUUCAGAAACAGGAGCCAGUCGUCCAUUCACAAGGUUUAUUGAGGAUAACAAGGAGAUUGGUAUAAAUUAAAUGCGAGAAAUGUGAAUAACUCUUGGGACUCUUAAUCAACACAUUUGUUCUAUUUCAUGUACAAAUUUGGAAGUUUUAAGCAUUAGUCUUAUGAUCUAAAUGCCUAGGUUCCCUUUAAAAUUUUAUCCAUAGCAGAAAAUACAUUAACUGUGUGGCUGCUGAAAAGUUGUCUUGCAAGAGCUGCAUGGUACUUCUUUUAACAGUGAGUUUGACUGUUAUUGAGGACUCUGAAACCUUUAAAAUUUAAGUUAACAAGGAGUCAAUGGAAACUGCAUUAGCAACUGAAAGAGGUUAGACCACGUCCACUUUGUUUCUUAUAAAACUUAAUGAUCACCUAAAAGGGAAAAAAGAAAAAAAGGGGGGGAGGCUUCACUGCGGCAUUCUGGUCAAACUUAUUUGCUGGUUCUGUUCAAAUUAGUUAGAAACUUGAACUAUGUUUUUAGAAAUCUUAAUCUUAAAUAAGUGAUUUAGUACCCCCAUGCUGUGUAUUAUGACAGUAUCCUUGUCUGUAGUAUUUAUAAUGUUAAGAUUAUGCGGGUAACAGACAAUAUACUAGCCCCAUCCUUAAAUGAAGCUUUUGUACUGCAAAAUACAUCUGGCUAUGUGAUUUUUUUUAAAGCAAGAUUUGUUUUAUUAUAAGUAAGUGGUUUAUUUCAAUGCAGGCAAAAUUGUGAAGUUUUAUUGGGAAAGAUAGCAUGCUUUUCAUGUGCAAGUACCUGUCAGUAACAAAUCUUUUUUAUUUAAAUAUUUGUAGCUGCUAUGUGGACAGUUGUUCUAUUAAAUGAAAAAUGUAGUGUGGUCUGUAGCUCAAUGAUUGGAAAACAAGUUACAGACAAACCUUAUCACCAUAAAUUAUUCACAACAUUAUAAACAGUUGUGAGUAAAUAUUUCAUGUUAUCAAAGUUGUACAAUAAAAAGGUAAUGUUUGUA